AUGGGUGAAAUUUCAUAUGCAUUUUAUUGUUUAGCUGAAACAUUACCCAAAGUAUUCUUAUUGAUAACAGGUAUACAUCAACAAAGUCUAAUUAUGAAAUUAUUUGCUGGUAUUGGAAGAGCCGUAUUUGCUCGUCAUAAUAUUGAAUUACCUUUUUAUACAUGGGCAAAUAAGAAAUUACCAAAAUGUCAAUGUACAUAA